GCGUGUGUAUCCGCGCCAAUGAACACGCGCAAACCGGUCCGUCUCCGAUAUUAACAGCUACAAUAUUUAAUCACAGUACUUCAUCCAUUUGCUGCCAUUACAAUGUCAAAAUUCGAGGUAUAUGCGUACGAAUUCCUCCCAGACCCCCCUCUAGACAGUAAUGGCGUUAACCGUGUCAUCUUCCAAUGCACGUACAACCACCCGUACCCGAUGCCGGACUUGUCGAGGUAUGCAGAGGAGCGCCUGGAGAACUACCAAACCAUGUCAUCAUCCGGGGGGCAGAGCUAUCUUGUCUGUUUCUCUGCAAAGGCAAAAACAAACGGCCGGCUGCUUAACCGCAUGACGGACUUUUACCACAAGUGGUACCAUCCUGAAGAUGUUUCGAGUCAAUGGUAUGGGACGGUGGUCGUGUUUAAAAUUAUAGUUGGAUGGCGAGGUAGAAUGUCAUACGGGCACGUAGACGAGAGAGAUUUCGAGAGAAUCCGAAGCAUAAUUUAA